AAAUAGCAUGACGCUAAACCCACAUUAAACCAAAAAUGACACUUUCUCAAAGUCCAUAGGGGAAUGAAUUCUCUCUCUAUUUCUCUCAGACGCGUCUGUGUGCUGACUGUUUGCUAGGGAUCCUCGCUUCGUUGGCCUCAAAAGUUAACCCUUGUCACUCCUUAACCGGCGACCGCCGGCUCUCCUCCGUUUCCCCACCCACAGCCUUCCGCCAGACUUGCCUCCGCCUCCAUUUCUGUCACGCCCAUCUUCUUUUUCUUCUUCAAAUCUCAUCGAGGAGCAGCCAAAAUCCAGAACCCACCUAGAUCUUCCUCUAUAUAACAUCUGCUAUUCAUCCCCCUUUGCAGAUCUUUCUACUUUUCUUCUUAUUCUUCUCGACUGUACUUUAAUCUCUUGGUUCCUCUGUUUGUUUCCUACCCUUUUGGUCAAGUUUUUGACUGGUUCUGUUGAUUGGGGUUAAUUGGGGUUUUGGGUUAUUUUUAUUUAUUUUUUUUUUUUAAAAAAAAAUUGAAUCGUUUGUGGGUUUAAUUUGUUGAAUGUGAAUUCGUAGACUUGGUUCUAGAUUGAUUAAGUGUUUUCUCUGACCAAUCCGCAUAGAAAUCUGGUGGAGGAAGUGGGUUUGGCUUUGACUACUAUUCUGUUUCAAAAACCUCUUGAAUCUUCAACUUCGACUUUGAUUUCGUUAUUUCUUUCUUUUUCUCUAUUCAUUGUUUGUGACCAGUAAUUUUCCUUGGGUUUCUGGUUGGGAUAAGAGGCAGAGAGGGGUUUUGGAAAAUAUCUCCUUGACCCCGAUUGUUAUGAUAAGCAGAGGAAUAAAGAAUGAGAAUUCAGUCCAUUUGUACGGUAAUGUUUUAUUAGUACAUUACCUACGUUGUGUUUGACUGAGAAAGGAGAAGGAUAUAAAAUAAGGUAGGGGAAAAGCAAAACCUUCUGUGAUUGGAAUUUUUUAGUUUGAAUAGAAUCACUUAGGGAGGAGUAUUUUUCUUUCAAAAUGUGGAGGAUUUUUUGGAUGAGAUGAGGGAUGUUAUCGGAGUUGAUGAACUUUUUGAGGGCCUGUUUCCAGCCUAGCUCUGAUCCGUAUGCGGCAGCGGAAAUCAGGGGGCGGCAGGACGGGCUGUUAUGGUACAAAGAUAGUGGACAACACUUGAAUGGCGAGUUUUCAAUGUCUGUGAUUCAGGCCAACAAUUUGCUUGAAGAUCAGAGCCAGAUUGAGUCGGGCAGUUUGAGCUUACACGAGUCUGGUCCCAAAGGAACAUUUGUUGGUGUUUAUGAUGGCCAUGGAGGCCCUGAGACUUCUCGGUAUAUCUGUGAUCAUCUAUUCCAGCAUCUCAAGAGAUUGACUUCUGAGCAAGAUUUAAUGUCUGCGGAUGUAAUACGCAAGGCAUUCCAAGUGACAGAAGAGGGUUUUCUUUCAAUAGUUCGAAGUCAAUGGUCAACAAAUCCUCAAAUUGCAGCUGUUGGUUCAUGCUGUCUAGUUGGUGUAAUUUGUGAUGGGACUCUUUAUGUUGCAAAUCUAGGUGAUUCACGUGCUGUUUUGGGUAGAGUAGUGAAGGCAACUGGCGAGGUUCUAGCCAUUCAGUUAUCAACUGAGCACAAUGUUUCUAAUGAAUCCACGAGGCAAGAGCUGCAGUCUUUGCACCCUGAUGACCCACAAGUUGUGGUUUUAAGGCAUAAUGUUUGGCGAGUAAAGGGCAUAAUACAGAUUUCCAGAUCUAUAGGCGAUGUGUACUUGAAAAAAGCUGAGUUCAAUAGAGAACCGUUGUAUGCAAAGUUUCGAGUUCAGAAACCCUUCAAAAAGCCAUUUUUGAGCUCUGAACCAGCCAUUUCUGAGAUCCAGUUGAAGCCAGAUGACCAAUUUGUUAUAUUUGCAUCAGAUGGGUUGUGGGAGCACCUUAGCAAUCAGGAAGUGGUCGAUAUAGUUCAUAGCCACUCUCAAAAUGGAAGUGCAAGAAGACUGGUCAGAGCUGCUCUUCAAGUAGCUGCAAAGAAAAGAGAAAUGAGGUACUCAGAUUUGAAGAAGAUCGGUCGUGGUGUUCGUCGCCAUUUCCAUGACGACAUCACCGUGGUGGUUGUGUUUCUUGAUACAAAUUUGCUCUUCAAAGCCAGCUCAACAAAGAGCUCAAGUGUCUCACUACGAGGUGGUGGAGUCAACCAGCUUCCUAACUCUUUAUCCCCCGUCACUACGCCCGUGUAGAACCCAGAAAACCCCUGAUUGAAGGCUUGGUAUGGAUCUUCUGCUGUAUUCCCCCUAUGUGAAUAGUAAGUAGCUUCCAAUAGAAAGAAAGAGCUGCAAGGCCCAUCCAACUUAUUGUACUAGAUUCAAAGCUCUCAACUGAAUAGUCUCAUGUAAAAGAAGAGUAAACUUAAAAAAAAGGUGGUACAAUCAGAUAUUUAUUAGUGGGUUAGAUCUUGUAAUGUAAAACUCUAUGUAACUCUGCCUGUUCCACCCCUUCUGGUAUAUUUCAGGUCUUCAAGUUCUUUAUACUCAGUGUUAAACUUUUGCCCUUUUCCACUUAGAAAAUGCAACCAACUUUUGUAACUAGCUUCAAUUUGAAAGACACUAAUACCAUUUAGCCUUUGUAAA